CUGCCAAGCACACUUUCUCUUGCAAAUACUUACAUAUCACCUUCCACAGUCUUUGUCCUUGUUUAAAAGAAAUCGACGUUGGUCUCCUACUUUACUCCAGGGUGUGCAAGCAGAGUUUGAAUGUUGAUUCUUGUCCCUACCGAAUAUCCAUAAAUACCUGAGACGAAUACACUAAUUUAAAACCCUGGUAAAAUACCAGAGAGUCGUUCUAAGUUCUUAUAAGGAUGACACGUAACCGGCCUUCUGGUGGGCUUGUCAAUUUAUUAGAAUUUUUAUUUUUUAACUAAAGAUAAAGAAAAUAGCAGCCAAUCCUGAUACUAGACCAUGACGGAAGUUCAGCGGCAAGUUUUUCCAAAUGGGAAUGCAUCUUUAAUAAAACUGACCGAAUCUUGUGGGAAUCACUGUGUGGUGGGGAUGAGCAGCUGCGUCAAAUACCAAUUAAAUUAAUUCCCUGCCGUUUUCAUUUAUAAGGAUUUUCAUGGAAAUUGCAAGUCGAGAGCUCUGGGCGUUCUUUUUUACUGUACAGCUCCUUUCCACGUGUAUAUACGUGGAAGCAUUCAUCCUAAUACAGCCCCUUUUCGUGCUUGCUUUUAUUCUAGUAUAUAGGUUGUCCUGUGCGUUCUGUUGCUUACCGUUUUAAGUUGAUUAUGUACAUAGUAGGGGGCAAUUGAUUUUGAAGAGUUGACUUCUGUUUAUUAAUAAAAAGCACUUUGUAUAGCCAUGUUAAAGGUAGCAGGGUGGAGUCUUUCGUGGCUAUAACAUGAUAACCCCAACAACGAAAAAGGAAAAAAAGAAAAAAGUAUCAUGAAUCUUCUGGUUUUCUAGGGGGAGUACUUGGCUAGCCUUUGGUCACCCAUAGUAGUACUAACCAGGUUCCUGGAAAUUUAACUUUUCAGGGCGGAGGAACUGAAGAGCUUUUUGCCAGUGCACUCCCCACUUAUUUUGCUUCCAGUGUGCCGCUGACCUUUCAGGCUGUCGAAUUUAAGUUUUUUUUUUAAUGCCCUAUACAUCUGCGUGGAGGAGAGCAGAAUCUAGCAAAAAAAUAGAUUACGCUGUGGGCCAACCAAGUAAAGAAUUACUAAAAAACUCACUUACACUUGUGGAAAGUGCCUUCAAAAAUCUUUGUAAUGAAGUUGCUCUCGGAAAAUACGAUUAUAGAUACAUCUUGCAAUACGGGGACAACGCUGGCAAUCAGGACUUCCUUGAAGAGCUCGCUAAAUUUUUAAGUUUUGAGUACUCUUUAAGAGUUAGCCCCGAGCAUUUAUUCGUUACAAACGGCUCGUCUUCAGGUCUAGAACUCUGCUGUAAUAUAUUACUCGGAAGUAAUAAGUUGGUUUUUGUUGAGGACCCCACAUAUUUCUUGGCUAUGAACACUUUUAAAGACCACAAUGCUACGCUCGUUAAGGUGGACACCGAUGAAAACGGUUUAAUGAUCGACAAUUUGAUAUUAAAGAUUACUAAAUAUGGAAAACCUGCCUUCCUUUACGUCAUUCCAACUUUUAGUAAUCCUACGGGCGCUACGCUCUCAGACUCGCGUAGGCGGGAACUUCUGGCCAUUUGUUCUAAAAAUGACAUAAUAAUAGUUAGCGACGAUGUUUACCAGCUUCUAUGGUUUGAGGAAAAGCCUCCUCUUCCUUUAGUUUUAUAUUCAAAUCGUCACGUGGUUUCCUUGGGAUCUUUCAGUAAAAUUCUAGCGCCAGGACUAAGAUUGGGAUGGAUUCAGUCUCAUCCAAGCAUUAUUAAGAAACUCUGCGAGAGAGGAUUUAUACAAAGCCAAGGAAAAUCUUUUUUUAUUAUUAAAGUUGUAUGAAUCCAUUCGCUUCUUCUGUCGUUCUUCAACUUUUAAAAAAAAGAAAGGUUCCUCUUACUAUUGUCAUAUAUGAAUGCAAGGACAACUAUACGAAUAG